AGUGGAUCUCAUUUCGACUAUCUCAUUGUGCCGCCAUCAGUUACGAACAUUUCGUUCAUCCUUACAUUUCUAUUCACGGUGAUUUAUGUUCCUGUUAUUGCCUUAUCGCUGAUGACCUCCACACACAAGCAGGGUGAUAAUCGCGACGAAAUAGCUCCAAAAAAUGUGCCAUCAGCUCCGAAACGACUCAUUCGCCGUGCUGUCAUCUAUUUUUCAAUAAAUUUUCUUCCUUCUCUGCUUUUCGUCUCUUUCAUUUAUUGCAGCAUUCUGCUUAUUUAUCUCUGUGUUUUGUCGACAAGUUUUGUCUAUUUCCGACACAACUGCUGGACAAAACUUCCAUUUCGAAACUCCUGCUGGAUGACUGCCGUGUUCUUUGUCAUUUUUGUACAGGUAUAUUAACA